GCGUCAUUUAAACGAAGCACUCGACGUUUUGGUCUGUCCCUCGAAUUACAUCUCUCAAGCUUCAUCAACUUUGUCACUUCUGUUGCAUCCACUCUCGACAGCGCCUCCCGAGAGAGACAGAGCAAGCGAACUCCCUUCUUAUCAAUUGGUCGACACCAUGGGCAAGCCAACUCUCUUGUCCGCGGAGGACAAGGCGAAGAUCAAAAAGGCCAUACCGACGUCAAGCUCGACAAAUAAGAUCAUCACAGCUGCGGUCGCUCGAAUCUACCAGGCAAAGGAAGGGACAUCAACAUGGUCGUACGCUGGCGUCACCGGUGCCUUGGUAUUCUGCGCAGACAAGGCUAAAGGUGGUCUCUGGUUCAGACUGGUCGACCUAUCAUCUUAUCAAGGUGUACUAUGGGAGCAUGAGCUGCCGAAUGAAAUCGAGUACAAUCAGGAGAAACCUUUCUUCCACUCUUGGCAAGGCGACACUGGUUCAAUAGCAUUCGUCUUCGCUUCUGAGGCAGAGGCCAAUGACUUUUACAAGAAGGUAGCUCACAGGUCCAAGUAUGCCACUAAAGUCAAAGAGGACAAGAAGGAAAAGAAGGAGAAAGAGUCUACGCCGACCAAGAAGAGCAAGAAGGAGAAGGGUAAGAUCGACAAAUCCCUCAUUUCCGGACCGUCCGCAGGCAGUUUCAAACACGUUGCGCAUAUGGGCUACGAUUCAGAGAAAGGCUUCUCUUCCUCUGGUGUUGAUCCAAGCUGGCAGACUCUACUAGAGCAGCUCGCUGCCAAGGGCGUUUCCGCAAAGGAUAUCAAGAAGAAUGAAAAGUUCAUCAGGGAGUAUGUUGAACAACAAGGCGGGAUCGAGAAUGCCGCAGCUAGGAAACCCCCUCCACCACCUACGUCCCGUCGGAAGCCUGCCCCUCCACCUCCGAGUUCACGAUCUGCUCGACCCUCUUCCGUCGCGAUUCCACCUCCGCCGCCUCCACCUCCCGGUCGACCAGCCUCAACCGCGGCUAUCAUCCCUCCACCUCCUCCACCUCCAGCUCCACCUCGAGGUGGUGCAUCCAUCCCUCCGCCGCCUCCACCACCUCCAGCACCUCCUGGCCGGUCCCCAGCCGCACCACCUCCUCCACCUCCACCUCCUGGCGGUUCAAGGGGUGCUCCUCCUCCUCCUCCACCACCACCCCCCGGUGGACGAGGUGGUGCUCCACCGCCUCCCCCUCCACCUCCAUCUGGGCCCCCAGCAGGUGCUGGUGGCAAUGCUAGAUCCGCCUUGCUCGCGUCCAUCCAAGGCCAAGGGGUCCAUAAUCUACGUAAAGUGGAUCCGUCAGAACAGAAGGUAUCGCCGUUGGCUGGCGCGGCCGGCGGAGCAGCCGUCGGAGCCGUGGCAGGAGGAGCUGCAGUCGCUGCCGCAGGUGGAGGCGAUGAUCAACCUGAUUUGGCAUCUAGUUUGGCGGCUGCCCUGGCGAAGCGACAGGGCGAUCUGGGAGAAUCUGAUUCAGAGGAAGGUAGCGAUGAUGAAUGGGAUUAGAGAAGGUGUGUAUCGUUUCAGUUGUCUUGUAUCACUGUAUGCACGCGAGUCUGGGAGUCCAAGGAUAUCUUCGUGCCAGGAGCACCAGGGCUAAGGACUCCAAUUGGAUGAGCCCCCC